CCUUUACACUGCACACAGUUCGUGUUUCUUUUGAUUGGCCAAAACAACUCAAAUUUACAUCAUGUCAGUGCUUUUAAACAGCACAUUAUUUAGUUGAACCUCCAAAGUAAGAAUUUGACGCUUUUCAUUUUAUUUUUUUGUUCGUCAAAGUGUUUCAGGAGGAUGUUUGUAAAGCUCUGAUGUCAGUGGAGCUGGUUAAUGUUUAGAGACUCUCUGGUUACAGAAACUUAACAACCAACACCCGGUAUUAGCUAGCACCCGGUAUUAGCCAGGUAAUGGUCAAGCCUGGGCGACGUUUCUAGCUUCAGUCUGUCGGUAUUACACUUUACAUUUAGCACAUUUCUGACUAACAAAGAUGCCUCCUAACAAACGGAUUCUUAAGAAAACUCUGAAAAUGGAUUGUGAAUGGAGUUCGUGUCAGGAGUCGUUCAGUCGGAUGGAUAACUUCUGCAAGCAUGCAGAGGGUCACCUUAAUGCUCUGAGCAUGGCGGAGGAGGACGAAGAAGAAACAGAAGCGGAGAGAAACUGCCUGUGGAGAGACUGUGGCUUCUGUUCUAUGGAGGGUCCUGAAGAGUUGCGAAGACAUCUGUUCUUUCACUGUUACCACACAAAGCUGAAGCAGUUGGGUCAGCAGGUGCUUAAUGCGCAGCCAGAAAUUGGCACCUGUUCCAUUGGCUACCAGAACCGCAACAUCAUCCCUGAAAUCCCAGAGAAUUUUGUCUGUCUAUGGGAGGAAUGUGAGCAAUCACCGUAUGAAAACCCAGAGUGGUUCUAUCGCCAUGUUGAGAUGCAUAGCCAGUGCAUAGAAAUACCAGCAGGAGACUGUGAAUUCCCAAUACACUGUGGAUGGAAAGAUUGCGAAGCCACCGCUAAAGGCCGUCCUAAGCUUAGGGAGCACCUGCGCAGCCACACCCAGGAGAAGCUAGUGGCAUGUCCAGGCUGUGGGGGGAUGUACGCCAACAACACCAAGUUCUUUGACCACAUCAUACGACAGAGCGCCAUGGAAGGUCAGAGGUUCCAGUGUUCUCACUGUUCCAAACGUUUCGCCACAGAAAGACUACUGAGAGACCACAUGAGAACCCACGUGAGCCACUACAAAUGCCCGCUGUGUGACAUGACCUGUCCGUCACCCUCUUCGCUGCGCAACCAUAUUAAGUUCCGCCACAGUAACGAGAGGCCAUACAGCUGUGAAUACUGCGAGUACAGCUGUAAGAAUCUGGUAGAUUUGCGCAAACACCUGGAUACCCACAGCAGCGAGCCGGCAUUUCACUGCGACGUUCCUGGCUGUGGCUUCACCUCUCGAAGCCUCGUCACCAUGAAGAUUCACCACAAAAAAGAGCAUGAGGGGGAUUUUGUAGCUCGUUACAAGUGCCACGUCUGCGAUCAGUGCUUCACCCGGGGCAACAACCUAACUGUUCACCUGCAUAAAAAGCACCAAUUCAAAUGGCCUGCUGGACACCCCAGGUUCAGGUACAAGCAGCACGAGGACGGCUUCUUACGGCUGCAAUUGAUCCGCUACGAAAGUGUGGAGCUGACUGAGCAGCUAAUGAGGGAAAGGCAAAGUAGGCAAGCGGAUGAGGACAGUGGCCAGACUGGGGAAGAAUCCCCGGGGGCAGCUCCCUCAGAGUUGCAGGUAGAACUGAGAGGGGUGUUGCUGGAGGAGCAGAGGACUGAGGAGCCAACCGCCAUCGCUGAGGAGGGCAUGUUGUACGUUUUGUCACAAGCAGGGGAGAACUCAGUCCUGCAGCAGCUCCAGGAUGCUGCUCAGCAGCCAGGAAUGCAAGUGGUUUGACUGCCACAGUCCUGCAUACACGUCCUAUUGAUGACUGGACAUUCUGUAAUCAGCUGUGCUGUUUCACAGAUCAUAGCACAUGUCUGGAAAGCCUUUUUAAUUGGGUCUGGAAGCACUUAAUCAUCAUUUUAAAUGUCUAACUGAAAAGAUGCGUACUCCAUGAUGACCCAUCUUGACUAUAAGCCUAUGUUAGGUAAUGAAUCUGUUUUGUAUGUGUGUUUUUUGCUAAUGUUGAACUUGUGGACAACCAAUUUCCAUUAUUAUUAUAUAUAUUUUUUCAUUCAUUGUAUCUCAUUCUGUAACUUCUUUAGACAGUUGGAUACUAAUGCUGCACUGCCUAAUGUGUUCUCAUUCUCUUUUAGGAAAGUUAUCCCAAAUUCAGAAAUGCAUCAGCCACACCUUCGGAAAGUUAAAGGGACAGUUCACCCCACAAUCAAAACAUAUUUUCCCUCUUGCCUGUACUGCUAUUGAUCAAUGUAGAUUGUUUUGGUGUGAGUUGCAGAGUGUUUGAGAUAUCGGAAGCAGAGAUGUCUGCCUUCUCUCCAAUAUAAGAUGGCACUCGGCUUCUGGUGCUCAAAGCGCCAAAAUAAUGAAUUUGAAAAACUCAACGGAAAUGUUUCUUUCCAGAAUCAUGUUUUUGUUUUUUUCUUUCUACCAAACUACAGCCACCAACCGUAUCACCAUGCAGAAGGAAAAUAGUUCCCACAUGAAACUGCUCACAACAAGGUCUGUGGAUUAUAUUAAGUAACUGGGUCAUGAUUUCUGGAAAGAAAGAUAGCUGUUGAGUUUUUCAAAUGUAUUUUGUUGUUGCUGCUUUGAGCACCACAAGCACUACAGUUUCCUUUCUAUUGGAGAGAAGGCAGACAUCUCUACGGCUGAUCUCUACACCGACUCGCACCAAAACAAAUCUAGAUUGAUAAAUAGCACUACAGGUACUUUCUAUUUAGAGAUAUGAGUUACAAGAAUGUCGUGUUAGCAUUAAUAAUAAAUGAAAUGUGUGGAGGGGGGGGAGGGGCUAC